AUGUCCAGGGACCUUUGCGAGAUAUCAGAGCUUGAUCAGUCGCAGAGCAACUGGAAGCAGCCCUCGAUCGUCCUUGUACAGCCCUACCUGGACAUGAACGUCGGGUCGGUGGCCCGAGUCAUGAUGAACUUCGGCCUGUCGGAUCUGAGGAUUGUUCGGCCAAGAUGCGACCCCUUGUCCGAGCCCGCCAUGUCCAACGCUUGCGCUGCAGUCCCCAUCCUAGAGAAUGCCAAGAUCUACGACAAUGUACGAGACGCCAUUCGCGACAACGAUCAUGUGGUUGCCUGCACGGCUAGGAGAAGAACCCUGGAAGACAUUCCAGUCAUCUUUCCCUCUCAGCUUCGAUACUUGCUGUCUGACGUCAGGGCUGUUCGCAACUUCGAAGAGAAACAUCUGGUGGAUACAAAACACGUGAUGAAACUCGGCUUGUUGUUCGGAGCGGAGCGAAGUGGUUUGACUAACGAAGAGGUCGCGCAUGCAGAGUAUAUCCUCAACAUCCCGUCUUUUCCCGGUGAUAAUUCUCCCAUCCUUGGGCUUCUCACUUUGAUCCCGCUAGGCUUCGGUGUCUUGAACCUUUCGCAUGCUGUUGCCAUCGUCGGGUACGAGUUGUGGCAGUUCCGAGAAGAGCGUGCGAGGCGGCCGUCGUACCCACAGGUGCAAGAGCAAGAGCAAGAGCAAGAGCAAGAGCAAGUCCCUCGUGGAGCUCGGCAUGCAACAAGAUUGGAAGUUGUGCAUGCCAUGGACAGGCGAGAGCAGCAGCAUGCAAUCAUGGCGUGCGAUCGUCUGACGUUGAUUGGCAGGAUUGACGCUCGAAUUCUGCAAGAGAAGCGAAAGUUCAACGCUAACAGCCUUCGACGAGUGAUGCUGCGAGGCUACGUCACAGAGAAAGAGCUGAGUUACUUCCAUAGCAUCCUCACGAGAAUGUUUGAGGGAUAA